GGCGUUUGUGAGAGGAGUGCGUGUCGGGCCAGAGUCGUAUCGGCGCGAAAAGCAACGCGAGUGAAAAGUGCCGUGUGUUUGUGAACCUGUGUGUUGGAAUACCUUUCAAAUCUGGAGCCUUACGUUUUUUUACUGAGGGGUCGCCUGUGUAAUGCAACGAUGGCGACGCGAGCGGUGAGGGCGGUGCUGCUCUGCGCAUGCCUGUUAUUAUUACAACAAGCAAGCGCCGAGCUGAGAGGUCGAUGUCCGGCUGAAGAUGCAGCCUGUCCACCACGAACAAAACCCUGUAAUGAGGAUGACGAUUGCGGGGAACAAAUCUGCUGCAAUACUUCCUGUGGACGAUCAUGUGUAGAACCAUUAUAUACAGGUUGUGAAAAUAUAAAGCUAUCGUCGGAGCGGAUAUCACGUGCCCUCGCUGCAGAGAACAGUCGAAGUGGACGAGGUGUUGUUCGCUCACUGAGGUCACCACGAUGUAGAAUUUCUGACGGAGAGUUUGAGGAGAUCCAGUGCGAUAAUGAGAUCGUCAGCACGUGUUGGUGUGUGGAUACAGCUGGAUUUGAGGUGCCAGGUACUCGCGCACCAGCAGCUGGCUUAGUCAACUGUACACGAACAGCUCCUUGCGCUGCCCAUACGUGCCGUAUGCUUUGUCCUCUGGGCUUUGACUUAGACAACCGUGGCUGUCCACUAUGCAAGUGUAGAGAUCCAUGUUCGACAGUUACUUGUCCUGGUCAGUUGUCUUGCCAGUUGGAAGAAGCUCCUUGCUUGAGACCACCGUGUCCUCCUGUUCCAACAUGUAAAAGGGGACGUAGUCUGCAAAACAUUUGCCCUGUUGGUGAACCUCUCCUGAUAUCAGAGACGAGUCGGCCGUUCUUAUGCGGUACUGAUCCAGGAAAACCGAAUUGUCCCCCACUUUACAGAUGUCUAGUCGAGUCAGGAAACGACUACGGUGUCUGCUGCCCCGCUUCUUUGGAGCUGCAGAAAGCUGGUACCUGUCCUGAACCAUCUUCUGCUAAUGAAUUGGACUGCGGAACACCUUGUGCUCAUGAUCUGGAAUGUCCGUCUAUGCAGAAAUGUUGCGACGGUGGUGAAUGUGGCCGGCAUUGUACUUUACCACAUAAUGUGACAAUGUGCACUCAACAGAAGAUGUUGGCGGAGUUGCUCGUUGUUAGCGAAAAGGAAGGUCGAGGUUAUGUACCGCAAUGCAAUCCUGAUGGGUCUUUCCUCUCGAAACAGUGCUCAAGAAAUGGACUGGUUUGUUGGUGUGUAGAUACUGAUGGAAAUAAACUCCGCGGCUCAAUGGGUCCGUCAGCCUCAGUCCAAUGCUCUCCAACACCUCGUCCUGCUAGAUCUGGUGCUAGGAGCUUGAGUUCCUGUGCUAGAGCCCUCUGUGCAGGAGUUUGCGAGUAUGGGUACAAGACUGGAAGCGAUGGGUGUCCGACCUGUGAAUGUGACGAUCCAUGUGCUGGAUAUCCUUGUGCAGAUGGGGAGGAGUGUGUAAGGGUACGAGAUUCGGAUUGUUCAGGAGAACUAUGUACUGGAUAUCCCGUAUGUCGACCGAAAAUCUCAUACGACAACCCAUGCGAAGUAGGCGUGCCGGCUACCGACGAAGACGGCUCAGUGGUGUCGUGCGGUGACGCGCGCGACUGCCCUGCGGCGCAUGUGUGUGAGCGUACACGCCGCUCCGGCGCCGCUGUGUGCUGCCCUGACCCCAGUGCCGACAACAACACCGACGCCGAGCUCUUAGAGAUCAAUUUCGAAUCCUGCGGUCCGGAAGCAGAAACAAUUUGCACCAUGAACAAUACAAGCAGUUGCACUGAUGGUGUGUGUGACGAGGGUCUUGUCUGCUGUUCCACUGCGAGCUGUGGACCUGUAUGUGUGGACUCUGCAAAGAUGCGAUUACAGACGGAUAGAGUUGAUGAUACUCCUACUAUGUGUGAAUACCUUCGUGAUUUUGACGAGAAAAUGGAAGGCACUGUGGAUGGUAUGAAACUGGCUCUUCCAGCGCCAACUUGCCAACCCGAUGGUUCUUUCACGACCCAGCAAUGCGCUAACGGACGGUGUUGGUGUGUCGAUUCCUUCGGCACGGAGAUACCUGAUACCAGUACGAGAAACGCAUCAGCCGUGAACUGUGAUAAACUACGUUCAGAACUGACAUGCCUAGAGCUGACGUGUCGCAUGGGUUGCGACUACGGCUUCGAGCUGGGUGCGGGACGCUGUCCGACGUGCAAGUGUCGCGACCCGUGUGCCGGAGUGUCGUGUCCGACGGGACGCGCUUGUGCGCUUGUGGACGUCGCUUGCGAUGCCGACUACUGCCCGCCUGUACCAGCCUGCCUACCACGCAAGAGCGGUCAAUGUCCGUACCUGGUGCCGUGGACGGGCGCGUGCGAGUGGGCGUGUCGCGGGGACGCGGAGUGCGGCGCGGGGCAGCGCUGCUGCGCGACCGGCUGCGGCACAGCCUGCACCGCCGCCGUGCACCAGACCGCCUGCCAGCAGCGCAGAGCUGUUGCUCUACACACUGCAGCAGAGAACGGCAACCCUCCGUCAUGGACUUGGGUACCGGAGUGUAAGGAAGAUGGAACUUACGAAAGUAUUCAGUGUCGUGGUUCGAGCAACAUGUGCUGGUGUGUGGACUCAGCUGGUAAUGAGAUUCCAGGCACACGAUCGACAAACUCCACACCAUCUUGCGAUAGUCCCAAUCAAUGUCCAGACCCAGGUUGUGAUGAAGAAGAAAUCUGUACCCAUGGACCAGAACUGGAUAAUAAGGGCUGCCCGACCUGUUCCUGCAGAGAUCCGUGUGCUGAAGCAAAAUGUAGGGACGAUGAGACUUGUGAACUUGUUCCGUUAGAUUGCGAGGGUGAAUCUUGCCCUCCUUUAGCUCGUUGUUCGCCAUCUCCUCAAUGCCCGGAAGGAGAACCUCUCCAGGCUCCAGAUGGUUCUGGAGCCCUCCUUUGUGGCCCAAACGCUGCCGCCUGUCCCUCCACACACGCAUGUCGCUUCGCACCACACGACUCUAGACCUUCGCUCUGCUGUCCUAAGCCACGAACUGUCUGCUCGGAAAGCAAAGAUGAAGGCGAAUGUGUUAACAGCGAAGGUCUCAACACAACACGCUGGCACUUCAACAACGAGCGUAACCGUUGCGAACGGUUCCGCUACUACGGCUGUUCUGGCAACCAUAACAACUUCCGCACCAAAGAAGAAUGUAACUCCGUAUGCCCUGUAAACGCAACGGCGAUAUCGAAGAAGCCAGAACAAAAAGUGAAAAUUUCGGAAGUUUUGAGUCCUUGUGAGAGAUUACGCGAGAAGAAUGAAGCAGCGGUACAGAAGUACGGCAAAGGUACUUUCGUGCCGAAGUGCGACGCAAGUGGCGCUUGGGAGUCCGUGCAGUGCAUGUCUCAUAUCGAUGUGUGUUGGUGUGUGAGUGCUCGAGGAGAACCUCAAAAGGGCUCACUGGUACGUGGAGCGAAACCGACCUGUAACUUCAGACAAGCUCGCAAGUGGGUACGACGAGACCCGCUUGAUGAAAAAGCGAGAGCUGAUGAAGUGCUAGAAGAGUUAAUCAGGCAGAUGACAGCGUAUAGGGUAGAUGAUUUCGAAGAAGAAGAAGAUUUCGACAGUAUCGAACUUGAACGAGAGCACCGUGGAGACAGUGAGCAUUUGUCAGCAGAGGUAUCAUCCAAUGAAGACAGUUCCCUGCUAUCAGAAGUUGUCGAACCAAAACUAGCGGAGACUACGAAGAGGAAAUUGAUCCCUGUCGAAGUAGUGACGGAUAGAGUUAACUUCAAAACUAAAUGCCAAUUGAUGCAAGAAGAAAUUGACAAUGGUGCUGAGGGCUGGCGACCUAGAUGUCUCCCAGAUGGUUCCUUCUCACCACGUCAAUGUGGACGAGCUCGCUGUUGGUGCGUAGAUGCAGCGGGUCAGGCAAGAACUGGUGCAGCUGCUCUACCGAAUGACCCUUGUGAGGUCACCCAAAUCGAAUCCGCGCUUUUGGAGUUGGAAAUAAUAGGCGCUGAAGAAGAAACAGCAAACAAGGCACAAGCACUACUGGUGUCAAGAUUAUCUGCUCUAGGAGCCCAAGUGCCCGUGUCAGUUACCAAGGACAGAGGGGUGGUGAAACUACGUGCUUUGCUCUCAGGACCUCGAGCUGCUGACUUAGUGUACCAUCUAGAAUUACAGGUUAAAAAGGAGAAGAUGUCCAGAGCUAAUAAAGAUUCAGAAGGUUUCUUGGGCGCUGACGUCAUUCGUAGCGAGUACAGACUAGUGACACCAUCACCAGCCAUGCAGAGAGAAAUAUUGAGCGAGUCAACGGUCUCUGCCGCAACAUCAUAUCAUACAGCUUUAAUUGUCUUAGCAGCAACUUCAGCCUUCAUCAUCAGUGUACUAUGCGUUCUUGUCAUGCUGUACAGGGCUAGAUUACAGAGAGAACCUCACAAAGCUGAAAGGUUUCUACCUGCAGCGCCCCCUGUAUACGUCCUCUCUGCGGAUGAGAAGGCGGAACUUGCAAGGGUCCUCCAUGCUCCUCCAGCACCAGUCCCACCCUCUAACGACGAUCACUCGAGAGUGUAGGGUGGGCUUUCAAAUUUCGAAUAAGGUUCUUUCGAUUUCACAAUCAUACUGAAAUAAAUUAAAUUAAUAAGCUGUUAAAAUUUUAAAAUAAAUGAAACAAUGCGUCUCUCAUUGUGAAUUUAAUAUUCAGUGAUAAUAUUUCUGUAAAUUAAUUUGUGAUGUUAAUGUUCAUGGAUUUUUAGUUCUCGAUUUGACACACGGAAAAGACUUUCGAAUGUGAUGUCAAAAAAUUAGUCGAGAAUAUCCAAAGACGAAGAAAAAGUAUAUACAGAAUAUAAUUAUAGUAUAAUGCCUUAAAUUUUAUUGUUAAAAUAUUGUUCUGGAAAUUUAUACUUGUAGAUAUAUAAUUAAAUUUACAAUUACACAAAAUCGGGCGUGUAAAAUAAAUUUUAUUCAAUAACAUGCAUAGUGUCUAAAAACAUCUUGUCAAGUCUGAAAAAUUCUAAAUAAAAUAAAAAAAGAACUAUAUCUUUUUACUAUCAAAAAAAUGUUUUCAUUAAUGUGUUAAGUGCAUGAAUAUCUACAAAAACAUUCAAAUCUCAAAUGACCAAUAUCAAGUUUAAUCUGCAUACGUUAGUGAUAGUUUAAUAUAAAAAGGUAAAUGAGGCUUAUAUCUUAUUUGAAUGCAAAUAACCUAAUAAUAUAAAAUAAUUCAUGAGCAAAAUGCUUACACUAAAGAAUUGCUAAUACUGUCAUGUUUCAAAUAUCCAUGGUGGCGUAGUAUCGCAAAAAACACUGACGCUAUCGCUUUUCCAAAAUGUAAGAUUGUGACUCAAAGCGUCAGGAGUUGUUUCAUUAUAAGUUUAGACUGUUCUAUUUUUUACGUGUAUCGACCACAAGGUGAAAGUUUAAAUGUUGGCACUGAAUUUCAUGUUACUUAUAUAGAUUAAUAUGUUGGUAUGUUUAAUAUAUUAGUGUUGGUGUUUGGUGUCGACUAAUAAGUUUUUGAGUUGGUGCUACACUUGCGUGUAGCAGCGGUACACGCUCGUGAAAUGUUUAUUAACGUUUCUUUUAAUAAUUAUAAUAUAUAAUUAUAGGGUCCAAUUGGCUAGAAACUCGUGAUGUUAAACACUUAACCAUUCUAUUUUAUUUAAAUUAAAAUAUAAUAGAUAAUAAAAAAAAAAUUACAUAGGUAACUUUGCCUUAAUGAUUUUAGUAAAUUGUUUUGUUUAAUUUCUGAGUAGAUUCAAAUUUAUUGACUGUAAACAAUUCGGGCGCACAAUAAUAGACAAGUUAUACACUGAUAAUAGAUUGUAAACAACACAUUAUUCAAUUUCAACUUGAUAUCUUCGACUGGGACAAAUGCCUAUCAAUAAACCAUUUAUUUUUUUACACUAUUAAUUUUACAAAAAACCCGUUUAGUAAGUAUUUUUAGCUUAUAAGUACUAAGAAAGCGAAGUGGCGUGCGUCGAACUAAUCGACGAACGCCUACACGCACCUUUAGUAUCUUUUGUCGAGUCUCGCUCUAAAAAAAAGUAGAAAUUUUGUAAUGUCAAUUUUAAAUACCUAAUAGAUCGUGAUUCGACGUAGAACUAAUCUAGUCUUUUUUAUAUUCAGUUUUCUCUUCCUUAUUAUCAAUUAAAAACAUAAUUACUUUAUUGUAAAUAACUUCAUAUUUACUAAUUAUAAUCAAUGUAUCGUUUUAAAAGUUUUCAUUCUGUAUUUUAUUUUAAUUAUCUG